ACGGUCAUGAACCGGGAAAUCCAUGAUAUAAAAUCUACGUCACUGGGGAAAUCCAUCCUCACAAAGAGAGUUGUCUUCCCCUGAUAGGGAAAUCACCUAUGAAAUAACUAACCACGCAUAAAAAAGAAAAAUUCAGAUUGUCAAUCCUCUUUCAAAUAUUUAUCAGAUAAUUGUGACAUGGUGGGCUCUGUGUGGCUAUAAAGAUUAGAUCAUUGGUCUUUUCAAAAUAUUUUUUUUUUAUCCCGCCUCUUUUCAAGGCUUAUCUUCCCCAUGAGUCCGAGUGUAUUUUAAAAUUGGGGAAACCCGAACGUCAUACAAUUAAUUUAUCAAGAUGGCUGCAUCCUACAACUUCAGCAAAGAAACGCCCCCGGAUUCUAUGUUCAGUGAUAUUCAGACACUAAACAAAUUCCAAAAUGAACAAUUUAGUCAGUUGGUGGAGUAUGUAUUUUUGUUCUUAAUUGAACCAGCAAAGUCUGAGAGAUUAUUAAUCCAGUUAGAUGAAUUUGCAGAAGAAAAUGGUUUAGGUGCUGGGCCCUUAAAAAAUGUUUUUAAAAGUCUAUUAGUAAUACCUAACAGUGCUUUGAAAAAAAGUUUAAGCCCAACUCAGAUAAAUGAAGAUUUAGUAAAUCUAGGAUUAUCAGCAGAAAAGGCUAAUAUUUUUACCGACCAGUGGAAGACUAGUUUACUUCUGUUAUCUAAAAGUGCACUUGGUCAGACUCUGAUGGUAAAUCAGUUAGUGGAUAUGGAAUGGAAAUUUGGUGUUACUGCUUCAAGUAGUGAACUAGAUAAAGUAGGAAAUACAUUUUUACAGCUUAAAAUGGUGAUAAACACAGGAAAUGGAACCAAGAAUACAUACAUGGAAUUAUCUCUACCACAGUUUUAUUCUUUUUUACAUGAAAUGGAGAAAGCCAAGGCCAGUUUAGAAUACCUCAGUUAAAAUAAGAUUGGUCAAAAUUUUGUUAAUUUGUAUAUUGUAAUAUAUUUAUUAUAUAAAAUAUAUUAUUAAAAACAUGCAGU